GGCUUUGCUGCACACAUGGCGCCAGUGACUGAUGAGCAGGUCCAGAGGUAUCACAGGGAUGGGUACCUGGUACUGGAGGGGGUGUUUAGCCCCCAGGAGUGUGAGCUGAUGAAGCAGGAGAUUGAAAAGAUCCUGGGGGGAAUGGAUGUGCCAUCCCACUGCCGCACAGAGUUCAUCACUCAGCAGGAAGACCAGCUCCGUGCCCAGGGCAGUGCUGAUUAUUUUAUGACUAGCGGAGACAAGAUACGUUUUUUCUUUGAAAAGGGGGUGUUUGAUGAGAAGGGACAUUUCCUGGUGCCAAGGGAGAAGUCAGUGAAUAAGAUUGGGCACGCUUUGCACGCUCACAGUCCUGUCUUCAAAGAGGUGACCCACAAGGCCCAAGUACAGGAGACAGGAAGGCGGCUGGGCCUUAUGAAACCAGUCAUUGUGCAGAGCAUGUACAUAUUCAAGCAACCUGGAAUUGGAGGAGAAGUAACCCCACACCAAGAUGCCACCUUCUUGCACACGGAACCACUCGGACGGAUCAUUGGAUUCUGGAUUGCUGUUCAAGAUGCAACCGAAGAAAACGGCUGCCUGUGGUUUAUUCCAGGAUCCCACCGUGCUGGUAUCUCUCGGCGCAUGGUUCGUACCCCACCAGGCACCUACCCACUCACCGAGUUUGUGGGAGAAGAGCCAAAAUACGAUGAAGAUCAGUUUGUAGCUGCACCUGUUCCUAAAGGGAGCCUGGUUCUCAUCCAUGGAGAAGUUGUCCAUAAAAGUGAAUUGAACAGCUCUCCAAACUCCCGCCAUGCCUACUCCUUCCACGUGAUGGAAUCGGAAGAAUCCAGAUGGAGCCCAGAAAACUGGCUCCAACCAACACCUGAGCUCCCAUUCCCUUCCCUGUUCACAUAGAACAGCAACGGAACAUCAUGAUGCUUCUUCAGAACAGAACAAGACCUGCAGCUAAACCAGCAACAGACAUCAGUGGGUUUUAUAGAAUGAAAGAUAUUCGUCAGAUGGGGGUGAUGCAAAAUAAAAAUGACUUACUUGUUUCAUAUUUUUAGAGAGAUUUUAAUAAAUAAAAAUCAACAUGAGACUCA